CGAGUGCAGAUAAUUACGUGCAUAUUACAAAAUGGCUCAACAAGAUAAGGAGGUACAGGGAAAAUGGAAUACCACAACAGCCAGUGCAUUUCUCAUCACUAGCGGCAUCUUUAUCAUGAGCGGCGGUACAAUCAGGCUCUCUGUCUCUAACUAUCUAAGCUCAACGAACAAGAAAGCACUUGCAGGGUUGAGGAGAAUUGAUUUAGAAGGGUUGCGGUGGCGUGUUUUUGAUGCAAAGGGCCAGGUACUUGGACGGUUGGCAUCCCAAAUAGCUGUUGUGCUUCAAGGCAAGGACAAGCCAACCUAUGCACCUCAUGUGGAAGCUGGAGACAUGUGUAUUGUUCUUAAUGCGAAAGAUAUCUGUGUUACAGGAAGAAAAAUGACUGACAAAAUUUACUACUGGCAUACAGGGUAUAUUGGCCAUCUCAAGGAAAGAAAGCUCAAGGACCAGAUGGCAAAAGACCCAACUGAAGUGAUCCGUAAAGCUGUCAUGCGCAUGCUUCCCCGCAAUAAAUUGCGUGAUGAUAGGGAUCGUAAGCUGAGGAUAUUUGCUGAAGGCGAGCAUCCGUUUCACGACCGGCCUCUCGAGCCUUUCGUCAUGCCGCCACGGCAAGUGCGUGAGAUGCGCCCCCGGGCAAGACGUGCGAUGAUAAGGGCACAGAAGAAGGAUCAGGACAGGGAAGCUAAGAAAGCCGAGGGAGAAGCAGCUAAGAAUGGCAAAGCUGCGGUCGCUGCAUAAGUCACCUUCGCUGCAAAGAUGAUUCGCGCCACUACGGAUCUACCCAAUGCACUUUCUGAAUGAUGACCUGUGUCUCUCUUUUCUCUUUGACAUGUAGUCUUUCGUGUUGAAUCUUCGUAGACAGGGUGCACUAGAAUCUUAUCAAGCUUUGGUAAGGCAGCAAGAUUGCUGAGAAGCCUGUUGAGUUGAGUUGAGAGGCACUAAACCUGGAAACGCUCAACUCCUCAUUCUGAAUUUCCUUUUCGAUCCUAAACUUGUCAGUGUAAUUUUGUAUUGCGAAUAAAACUCAGUGCAUUAUGCA